AUGGCCCGGCCAAUUCCUCUUGAAUUUGCCCUGAACGGCGUCACUUGCGUCUAUCCUCGCGAUGCGAGACGGGAGCUGCGGCCGUCGCGGUCGCGCAUCCAAAGCCUCGAAGACACAAUCUCCGUUAUGCUUGAGCACAUGAAGGCGUCCGGGCUCGAUUUCCCACAUCAGGCAAGCAUCGGAGAAGGCGAUAGUCAACAAUACCCAGAGUCGCACGCUGGUCCCAGCCCUGCCGAUAGUACUGCUGCCGCGACCGCCGGGUCGGUGUCUGCCACAUCCUUGUUUAGUGUCCCUCAUCAGGAGCUCCGACACCCCGUCCAGCUGACGCCGAAUGGCUGUGUUUCUUCCGUCCAUGGGCUGGCCGGGAUCAUGAACCCUACGGAUCGCAAGCGACACACAGAGAAUAUCUCCAAGCUCAUGCGGAGAGGGGAAGGCGCCAUCGCCGAGUCCAAAGCGCGGCUCAUAAGCAACGCUGCACUUCAAAAGCAGCGAGAAACACAAAUCUUUCGGCAGCCAUCUGACCACAUGGACUUGGACGGCUGUAAUCCGGAGCUCGCCAAGCACCUUCUUGAUCUGCACUUUAACCGUCAGCACUUUGCCUAUCUAGUGACGUAUCGUCCCGCGAUGAUGGACAGUCUUGCCAACGGCGGGGGCGUUUGGGCCAAUAAGCUACUCUUGAAUGCGAUAUACUAUUCCAGCUCAAUGUAUAGCGACCGGGAAUGUUUGAGGUCCGACGGCCCUCAUGACAUUCAGAGUCCGGGAUCUCGGUUUUACACGCGGUUUCGCCAGCUCCUAGUGGAUGAGAUACAGCGACCCAGCAUCGCGUCGGCCAUGGCCUUGCUUCUGACGAGCGCGACGCUCGUCUCCCAGGGUCAUUCAAGCGCCGGCUGGGGUUGUCUGGGACGGCACUAUCAGAGCGUGACGGGGUUGAGUAACGGCCGGCGCUUGCGUCGAGAUCUGGAGCUUGAGAUGCGUAAAAGGCUUUAUUGGGGCGCGUACGCGACUGAUGCUACGCAGGCGCUCUACCUCGGCCGGCCUUGCAUGUUCGCGUCCGUCGAGGCGAGAGUGCCACUUCAGCCUCUGGACACGUUUGAAGAGCUCGAAGAUUGGCAACCAUACGAGGAUCCGUGUUUCCCGAACCCGAAUCAACCAGCUUACGCCCCACAACCCGCGUACGGUGUGUCGACGUUCAUGGCGUUAGCGCGGCUGCUACAGAUCUCUACCAAAAUCACUGAUCUGUACGGGAUACAAUCCAUCAAGCUUUCGAACGAAGUAUUGGUCGAUAGGAAACGUUCAAUUGAAUGGGAACUUGAGAACUGGAAGGCAACCCUUCCUUCCCACCUACGGUUUAAUCCCGACAACCGGGCCACGCCUCCACCUCACCAGGUCACACCACAGUAG